UCGCGGAUAACAAAUCCAUCUGGGAGUGCAAACGAUGGCGAGAGCGAGAGCGAUAGCGAAAGUGAAAGCGGUGACAACAACGAAGCGAGACGACCACCAAAGAAGCGUAAAAGAACCGAACCGAGUGUUUUAUAUUCGGAUCGAUUGAACCCUACGUUGAUAAAGGUGCAUGCUGAUCCAAAAAUCAUAUACGGAUUCUGAAAGCGAACCUGAGGGUGAACCUGAAUUGGAAUGGCAUCGCAAAAUCGAAAAUGGAGCGCUGAUUCGUGAAAAAGCAAAAGCCAACGCAUGGCCUAUCAAGACAGGAAAAUGGAAUGCAGAAGAACUGUUACGACUUGAAAAGCGGAUCAAGAAGUUAGCACGGCGUCGAAAUAUGACUUUAGAAAGUUUUCGAGAGGAGAUUUUGACACAACCGUUCCGUAAUAAGAAGCAAUUUUGGUGGGAUGUUGCCAAGAAAUUCCCUGAUCGUGCUUUAUACCAUAUUGUUCGUCACGGAAAGCAAGCUUAUGACAGGCAAAACUAUCAAGGUCAAUGGACACCGGAAGAAGACAAGCAACUUUUAGAAUUAGUAAAGACCUAUGGAAGAAAAUUCGCCACCACCAUCAAAGAUCAAAUGAAUCGAACUGCUUCAGCCUGCGAGGCUAGAUAUCGAACUAUAAAGCAUCAAGAAGUGGGCAAAACUGGAAAAUGGACAAACGAAGAAAGCGAGAAACUGAAGAAGACGAUCACGGAAUACAAAACGCUUCACGGUACACCACCCAGCUGGGAGUACGUGUCUUCAAAGGGAUUUCAGAAUGAACGAAAUCCACGGCAAUGCAAGGCCCGAUGGCAAUACAUCCAGAACCAGGAAAAUAAUGCUGGCCAGGUGACGGGCCGAGGCGCCGUUACUAUAGAAGACCAAAUCCGACUUUUGGAGAGGAUUCAGAAGGGUGGUUGGCAGAAGGAAUAUGAGAUCCCGUUUGGCAAGCUUCAAGAUGAAAACUUUACGCUCUCUUCCAAACGGUGUAAAAGUGAAUACAUCAAACUGCGUAAGCAUAUACCUGGUUUUGAAAAGAUGAAAGUGCAAGGUAAAGAGUGCAAGGAAUCUGUCAUGAUAAAAUAUUGCCGCCAAACUAUGAUUCUGAUACAGAUUUCCAUUGUCAUAGACAUUGUAAGCGAACUGUUACGGACCCGCUGUAUCAUGUUGGAGAGCUUGAAAGAAUAAUUGAUAAUAUAAAAGCUUUAAUUCAAUAUCUUGUAUUAUACUCCUGUAAUUGCAGUCCUCGUGAAACAAGAGAUGCGAUUCCCGUAUUCUGUGAUUUCGGCGGUUCGAAUUUGAUAGAAUCGGUCCACUUUAUUUAGAGACAACGAUCCGAGUUGGAAAUUUACCAAAGCAGACCAACCUUGUUCUUCGUGUGACGCGAUUAGCAAUUUUGUUCAUGCUUUUCGCUUCAUAUUUGAUCACCCGAAUUGUGACAUAGAUAUCUUCCAAAUCAUGUGUCAAGAAGCCUACUGCUGAUCGUUUCGAGCUUUGUCGCACUCAGAUGCGUCUUGCAUGCAAAAGUGCGAGCAAUACAACAUUGGACUCACCAAUAAAUAGUCAGUCAUGA